CCUAAACCGAUAAAAAGCUUAAUUUAACCGAAAACAUGAAAAUUUCCCGGAAAAAUAUUGAUUAUUAUUUAUGGUAAAUGUAAAAAAUUACGGCGUCUCUGUGUCUACCCUUUUUUCAUCCCUCACCUCCCAUCUCCGCCGUGAGUCACCGUCUUCCUCUUUCUCGACGGCGAUCUUAAAGAGAAAGGCAAUACACAUUGCCAUGCGGUUAAUUUCAUGUAGGGUUUCUUUUAUUCGUUUAAAAGACCUGUACGCCGCUUUGAUUUAAUCACAGCGAGGCCUCGUUGUUUAUACAUGCACAUUGGAAUAGCUUUACGGAUUUCCGAUGGAUAUUACGCCGUACGUCGAAUCAUUCGACACAUUUCUGUUUUUUGUCAGCAGAACAUUUUGUAGUCCGUUGGCCAUUUUUGUUCAGAUCCAGGGAUGCGUAAUAUGCUUACUCCUGGCUCUUGGAUGGUCUCUAGCAGCUUAUAUCAGAAUAAGAGAAAUAUGGGAGAUGGAAACAUCCAUGCAAGGUGGCAAUUCCUUUGCAUUUCUUUAUCAUGAUAUCCAUGAUCUUGAACAUUCUAAGCAAGAAGACUUGCCAGGAGUUACAGUAGUUAUGCCCUUGAAAGGAUUUGGAGAACACAAUAUACACAACUGGAAAACCCAGAUAACAUCUCUUUAUGGUGGGCCCUUAGAGUUCCUAUUCAUUGUUGAUAGUACUGAAGACCCUGCAUAUCAUGCUUUAUCUAACUUACUUAUAGAUCACGAGGAUGAGAUUGAUGCAAGCAUAAUAAUAGCUGGCCCAUCUACAACAUGUAGUCAGAAAAUUCAUAAUCAGUUGGUUGGAGUGAAGAAAAUGAGUGAAGGAAGCAAAUACGUAUUAUUUCUAGAUGAUGAUGUUAGACUGCAUCCUGGAUCAAUUGGAUCAUUGAUUGCUGAAAUGGAAAAGAAUCCUGAGAUAUUUAUUCAAACAGGGUAUCCCCUUGAUUUACCUUCUAGGAGUUUAGGCAGCUACUGUAUUUAUGCAUAUCAUAUGCCAUGCUCAAUGGGAUUUGCAACUGGUGGAAAAACAUUCUUCCUCUGGGGAGGUUGCAUGAUGAUGCAUGCAGAUGAUUUCAGAACUGACAAACAUGGCAUUGUAUCACAACUUGAAGAUGGUGGAUAUUCAGAUGAUAUGACUCUUGCAGCUAUAGCCGGAGCUCAUAAGAGGCUUAUAAGAUCGCCUCCUUUUUCUGUUUUUCCUCAUCCUCUUGCAAGCGAUAUUACUCUCUCAAGGUAUUGGAAUUAUUUACGAAAGCAAACAUUCGUGUUGGAGUCAUAUACAACAUAUGAAAACUGGAUAAGAAAUCGUGCAUUAUUUUGUACACAUUGCUACCUAUCUUGGGGAUUUGUAGCCCCAUAUGUUAUGGCUGUUUUUCAUGUUGUAGCUGCAAUUAGAUUAAAGUUAAAUGAGUAUUUUCUUGAAGAACAUAUUUUUGACUCUAUUGGUUUGAUAUUGGCUGGGUGUCUAGCUAUAUGCACUGGCAUUACACUUCAUUCAAUGUGGAAUAUGACAAGAAUAGAAGUUGAGCUAUGCAACAUGUUGUCCCCUGAGUCGCCUACAUUGUCUCUUAAAUCUUACAAUUGGUUUUUGGUGUUUGUUGCAAUGUUGGUGGACAAUUUUUUCUACCCGAUUUCAGCAUUUUGUUCCCAUUUUUCUCAGUCUGUUAUUUGGUCUGGUAUUCGGUAUUAUUUGAGGAGGGGGAAGAUAGUAAAGAUUGAAAGAAGCCAAAAGGGUAGGAAACUUUCAGAUCUAGCAGCUAAGCGUUUGUAUGUGAAGAAAAGAGGAGAUCAAGAACAAGAAAAAGCUCAACCUCAAGCCAAACCCUCAAUUGCACGUCAUUUAUCAAAAAGUUUUCGUUGGAGAUUACCAAAAAAGCAUCAAAUGUAAAAAAAGAUUUACUAUUAACUGCUGAAUUUUUAAACAUUUACUAUAUAUAUAUAUAUAUAUAUAUAUAUAUAUAUAUAUAUAUAUAUAUAUAUAUAUAUAUAUAUAUAUAUAUAUAUAUAGACUUUGUAAAAGAUUGAAUUGUAUUAUUGUAUAUUAACGUGAUUACAUAGGAGUAUAUAUAA